CGGAGAGUACUGCGAAAGCGAGAUAGAAGGAAGAGGAGAGAACGGGAGGGAAGAAGGAGGAGGAUGAGUAGGCUAGGUUUAUAAAAUCACCGAAUGACAGUCCGGAUUGCAUCACAGGUACGGACGCCUCCGAUUGGUUGAAGCACGGUUCUGAAGGAGGGGACAGAGGAAAGACAUCAAGGGCCUAGCUGAGCAUGCGCUAUUGUGUCUCCAGUCAAGCCCGUGUGCGUGUCUAUCUGUACAUAUGUAAGACAAAAUCCUUCUGUAGCUAUAGACAUUGCUGUCUGACGUCCACUGGCGUGGUACACUACAAGAGUAGGAAUUUUCUACUAAGAGCUGGACCUACACACAUCUAGCGCUCCUUUCGGUUUCAUUUGAAGGUUCUUGUUCGGGUUUAGCUUUGGCUGUAGCCUAUCAACCCUAACCUCACCGACACGGGGACUCUAACCCUGAAAAGAAACGCCUGAAAAGAAACGGGUCCUGCCGGUUCUCCUUCCCCAGGGCAGCUCUCUCCUCUCUCUCUCCAUCUCUUUCUCCCACUCUCUCUCGCUUCUCCCACCUACCCCCUCCUCCUCUCCCUCUUUCACCCCUCCCACACAGAUGCACCCCGCUGCCCAGCUCGACAGGAGCGAUGGGAUGUGUCAACUAGUAGAUGACACAGUCCUGGACCAUGUAAGGGAGUUGAAGGAGCAAUCUGCAUUGUUUCUACCGGAGGGAGAGAGCGGAGAGACUGGGAGAGCGAGGGAAGAGGAAGAGGAGGAGGAUACAGGAAUGGGCGUGGGGAAGAAUACCACCGCUAAGUCGAUGGAGGGAGGAGAAGGGGGGAAGUAUGAGGAGGAGAACAAACACAGCGCAGACUUCUACCCCAUUCCGGUGGUGGUGAACGGAGUGGAACAGGCCGCUGGAGAGCAGGACACUGAAAACACUGAGCUGAUGGCCAUCUACACUAAAGAGAACCAGGAAGGAGAGAAGAGUUCCAUGUCGGAGACGUUGGACAGUGCAGACAGUAUGGACGCCAGGAGAAUGGACAUGAUCUACACCAUCGAAGACACACCUCCCUGGUACCUGUGUAUAUUCCUGGGCUUACAGCACUAUCUGACGUGUUUCAGUGGUACCAUCGCAGUGCCGUUCCUGCUAGCUGAAGCCAUGUGUGUAGGAUUUGACCAGUGGGCCACCAGUCAGCUCAUAGGAACGAUCUUCUUCUGUGUGGGAAUUACCACCCUGCUACAGACUACACUGGGCUGCAGGCUUCCUCUGUUCCAGGCGAGUGCAUUUGCCUUCCUGGCUCCCGCCAGAGCAAUCCUGUCACUAGACAAGUGGAAGUGCAACGCUACAGUGGUUCCUCCCAUGUUCAAUGAAACCGAGCUGUUCAACACUGAACACAUCUGGCAUCCCCGGAUUCGAGAGAUCCAGGGGGCUAUCAUUGUGUCGUCUCUGAUAGAGGUGUGUAUCGGCUUCCUGGGGCUUCCAGGGCUCCUGUUGAAAUACAUUGGGCCCCUGACCAUCACCCCGACCGUGGCCCUCAUCGGCCUGUCUGGCUUCCAGGCUGCAGGGGAGAGAGCAGGGAAACACUGGGGCAUCGCCAUGCUGACUAUAUUCCUGGUGUUGCUGUUCUCUCAGUAUGCGAGGAACGUACAGCUUCCUCUGCCCAUCUACAAGGCUAAGAAAGGAUGGACCUCUUAUAGAUUACAGCUCUUCAAGAUGUUCCCCAUCAUCAUGGCCAUCCUGGUGUCAUGGCUGAUCUGUUUCAUCUUCACUGUAACCAACGUUUUCCCGCCGGAGAAAGACAAGUACGGUUACUACGCCCGCACCGACGCACGCCAGGGGAUACUGGCAGCUGCCCCUUGGUUCAAGAUCCCCUACCCCUUUCAGUGGGGUGUUCCUACGGUAACAGCGGCAGGGGUGAUAGGUAUGUUCAGUGCCGUGGUCGCCAGCAUCAUCGAGUCCAUCGGGGACUACUACGCCUGUGCACGACUCUCCUGUGCCCCCCCACCCCCUGUUCACGCCAUCAAUAGGGGUAUAUUUAUGGAAGGUCUGUCCUGCGUGUUGGAUGGGCUGAUGGGGACAGGAAACGGCUCUACUUCCUCCAGUCCUAAUAUAGGUGUGCUGGGCAUCACUAAGGUGGGCAGCCGGCGUGUGAUCCAGUACGGUGCUGCUAUGAUGCUGCUGCUAGGGCUGGUGGGUAAAUUCAGCGCGUUGUUCGCCUCCCUGCCUGACCCUGUCCUGGGGGCGCUGUUCUGUACCCUGUUCGGGAUGAUCACGGCUGUGGGACUGUCCAACCUGCAGUUUGUAGACCUCAACUCCUCCAGGAACCUCUUUGUUCUGGGCUUCUCCAUCUUCUUUGGCCUGGUGCUGCCCAGCUAUCUCAAACAGAACCCUCUGGUCACUGGUAUAGUGUCAAUAGACCAGGUGUUAAACGUGCUCCUGACCACAGCCAUGUUCGUAGGGGGGUCAGUGGCAUUUGUGCUGGACAACACUAUCCCUGGUACCAGGGAGGAGCGAGGGAUCGGGAAGUUGAAGCGAGGGUCGGGACCCAGUGCUGCGGAGCUGGAGGGGAUGAGAACCUACGACCUGCCAUUCGGCAUGGACUUCCUGCGUCGCCACACCGUCUUCCAAUACUUCCCCAUCAGCCCCACCUUCAGCGGCUACCAGUGGAACGCGAUCCGCAAGGCCUGCAGACGUAGGGGUGGACGGGGGGAGGCAGGGAAGCCAGCAGAGAUGGAGGGAGUCACAGAACCAGGGGAGAGCGGGGUAUAGCAGAUGGGUAGAACCGGGGUGGAGGGGAGGGGGAAGGGAUGGAGCUUGGAACCAUGGACGGGAGGAGAGGGAUGGGGGGAAGGGAGGGGUGGAGGUUUUUGGGUUGCGUCAGUGCAGUGUGACAUGCUCAACCCUGUCUUGUAUGUCUGUGUGUGUCUGUAUAACUCCCUGUUUAUGCCCUAUCCAUGCUGUUAUAUGCAUGUUAUAACAGGUGUCAUUAGCGUGUUAUAAUAAUGUCCUUAUAGAGGAGGGUUCAGGUGGAGUUGCAACACUCUCUGGCUCUCGUCUCUGCCUAGUAUGUGUGCAUAAGAGCAGUGUCUUAGACAGCCCCCUUAUUGAGGUCCCUAUCUUCCCAAUACAGUAUUUCUACUGUGUCGUCAAGUUAAAGCACUUAUUUUCAAGGUCAACCUGUCUACAUCAGUCAACCGGUCUACAUUAAUUCCAAGAAAUAAAAGGUUUCUUCUCAGCUGUUGAACCAACUCUGAAUAUAUUAUACUCCCGGUGGCCUCCGCGUGCAUGUGUGUGUAUGCCCACCCAUGACAUUGUGAUGGAGUUGUGUGUGUCACUUGCGCUGGCGCAUUCCCUGUUUAAGAACCGAGACAGACAGAUGGAUGGACAGUAUCUCAUUUACAGCAAAAGUUUUAAAGCUGAAUGAUUGACACAUUACAGACCCAAUGAGAAUCAGACGACGCUAGUCAGUCAGCCCUGUUUAGCAAACCUACACUGCCCACGGUGGUUAUGGGAAAUGUAGUCCUGUUGAAAGGGGACUGGAUGAAAGCUGGAGAGGCUUGAUGCAAAUUCACAUUAGACUAAUAAUUUGCCUGCACACUACAUUUACACACACGCACACACUAGCAAACACAAGCUUAAUUGCAUGCAGACAUGCAGAUAGUGUAGCUGCAAGUGGGUUGUCAAGUGGCAGACCUUAGCCAUGCAAAGUGAUUGUGAUCUUCGUUUCGCACUAUUAGUCGCAAGAGUUAAUGCACAGAAUGUUAGCUGAAACCUGCUCCUCUAUUUGGCUUUUACCCACAUAACACAGCCACACUUCAAACACAACAGAUCACCCAACAAACAGACAAUGUCAUCCACUGGACGAAGGGCCCUCAGUCCCCUAGCCCUAGACACUUCUCCUAGCCCCCUAGUCCUGGACACUUCCCCUAUUCCUGGACACUUCCCCUAUUCCUGGAUACUUCUCCUAGUCCUGGACACUUCUCAUAGCCCCCUAGCCCUAGACACUUCUCCUAGUGCCCUAGUCCAGGACACUUUUCCUAGUCCCCUAGUCCUGGACACAUCUAAAUGACCUCUCAUAGAUCUGAAGGAGAAUGGAUGUAAGUAUCCUGGUAAAAGCUCCUUCUAGCCCUCUAAAGGGAUAGUUGAAGCUAGUACCACUGAUUACACCUGUCUGUUUCUUUCAAUCCAGGAGGUUCCAUGAAGAAGUGUCUAGGCCAGGGGUAAGAGAUAGGGCUGGGGUCGAGGGCUUGAUUUAGGACUGGGAAUGUUGAUGUUCACCCAGUCAGCUUGCAAGCCUUACUGUGUCAGUAUUAUCUUUAGCAUUGUUAACAAACACCACCAAAACCAGCUCUCUCCUGAACGCAUACUCCCUCAACCAGCUGCGGUUAUUGCAACUGGAAUUAAUACGGCAUUUGAAGGUUGACUUAUAAACUGCUUAUAAGCCAUUAUUGGAUAAUUUAACUAGUAUUAACAGCUUGCAAGUCAUUGCUGUAAGUACAUUUAUUAAAAUGUAACAUUUAUUAACAUGUAUUACCUGUAAGGACCUAUAAUCAUAUAGAUCAUCAAUAACAGACUAUACAAUGUAAUAGUUAACAAACUGUGUAACAAUGUUCAUAAGCAGUUCAUAAGGACACUUUCAAAAAUGUUUUCAAAUUCAUACUUUAUUUAGAGAGGCUACAACGCUUUAGCACAAAGCAAAUGCACUUGGUUUGCUAGUUGUGCGAUCACAACGUAGUUUUUAAAAUGCAGACCUUUUUCUAUCUCACUGAUGUCCUUCAUUUUGUUAUUGUGUUCGAUUCAUACUUAGUCUAGUGUUCUGUUGUGUUUGUCAGCACAUUCAUGGUGGAAUAGGUGGUGUGACCACUGCCCAAGCCAUAGCCUGAGUGAAGACCAUGCUAUGAUAAAGGCUUACAUGCAGAGUAACACCAGUGCAUGGUUUACAAAGGAAAGAAAUGGAGAGACGCUCCACAGAUUUAGCUAGGCAAAUUACCAGAAAGACACUUUGAAAUCUUUUGUACCCAGAUGCCUGACAAGUGAAAAAUAGUGAGAGAAAAUAGGUGAUUUUUAUAGUACCAAUCCUAUCCCUGAUCUCCAUAGUCUCCCCUUCCCUCUGCUCUGCCCUACUCUGAUACAGGUGUCAGAGGUCUACACUACUGUUCUGUUCAAGUGAACACAUUGUUUGAUUUACAGACACAAUAGCAUAGUCUUCAGGUUUAAUGGUUGGGGGGUGGGGUAGAGAGUAUUUUAAGAUGUUUAUAGGGGCGGGGGGAGGGGUGUUCUGGGGGUAUUUUUUCACAAUGGAUCACAGACUGUACAAUCUUGUCCUGCACCUAUUGAUUCUGACUAUUGAUUACUAUUAUUGUCAUGAUUGUUACUGGUGUCAUUGUUCAUAUUGUUGACACUGUUCACUUGUUUGGUUUUAUAUGCCACCCUUACCCCUGCCCCCAAUCCUCUCUCCAUCACUCACCUCCCUCACCCUCCCUUCUUCCAUCCUCACAUCAACUGUAGGAAUCUGCACCUCAACUUCAAAUAUAACUUUAUUUACAGUUCCUUUUGAUAUACAAUACAGGUCACACCUCACAAGUUGGAAGUACUCUAAUGACUGACUACACAUUCAGUGGACCAGUAAAUAUCAGUGUAAAGACUAUUGCCAGGUAGUGCUCCCCGACUGUGUGUGGUCGCAUGUUUCAGAGCUGGGGUCAAGUUCAAGUCAAGAAUUCACAAACUGAGGUUGCGUCAGAAAUGGCACCCUAUUCCCUAUAUAGUGCACUGUACUACAUAGAGAAUAGAGUGCCAUUUGGGACACAAUGAGUGUGAUUGACAUGGAGAUGACCCUCUGGAACCUCUGUGUGUCUGGACUGGAGCGCUGCGUUUUACUGUGUGAGCCGUCAUCUAUAGAAAACCCAUGGUUGACUGUUGAGGUAGGGUUGAAUUGGGACUCCUUCUGGCCAGUGUAGUUGUCUAUCAUAAGGCUGCAUAACAUACUUCACUUAAAAAGAUGCACAGAUAUGCAGAAUGAUUGAUCUUUGCAGAACCAGAAUGCAACAGAAGCCCCUGUCCUUUCUUCAUUCUUUCUCAUCAACCAUUUCUCUUACUCUUCUCUUUGUUGCACCAAAACAAUGAGUGGUGAGUCACCGGUUCAGAAAUGCAGAAAUAUAAACCAUUUUAAGUAACAUUUCAGAUUUACUUGGUUUUAGCUCGUUGAUUGUUUUAUUUAUUUAUGAUUAGUAAGAAGGUCAGUGUUUAGUGAAAUGUAUGUGAAGCCUAUUUGUGUGCUUUUAUGCACAUUGUCAGAAAGAUAUUUAUCAGUUUCGAGUUUACUUGUUUCGAGUUUACUGGCCCUAUGAGAAUGUUGUUCAGAUUUCCCACUGAGAUACUGAUAGUGUUACAGUCCCUACAGGCAGCAGGUUGAUGUUACCUCUGGAUACUGAUCACAGAUCAGUUUAGCGUUUUCUCCCCUAAUGAGUAUGGUUAGAAUUGGUUAUGGCUGGUCCUAUAUCUGUGCCUAAGGACAACUUAUAUGUGGAGCUCUAUGGAGGGAGAGGCUCCAGCGAGUGCUCUUAGAACCUGGACAGGGAAAAGCAACAUUCUUACAAAGAUCAUAUAAUCACACAAGGUGCUCUUCUUACAGUAAGUCAUUCCAUGCAUGCUAUAUUUUUAUGAAAGCCCUUUUGAACUGGAAAGUCAUUCCAUGCAUGUUAUAUUUUUAUGAAAACCCUUUUGAACUGGACAUGGCUCAGUUAGGGACCCGGGGUGAGAGGGAAAAGGUUGAAGAGAGGGCGGUUGAAGAGAGGGCAGUCUAGAACAGGGGUUCUCAAACGUUUUAGGUCCGGGGACCCCUUUUGUGAUGUCAAAUUCAUCAGGGACUCUCCUCAUAAUCCGAACACAACUCGAGUGAGAUGAAAAAUUGCAUAUAAGGGAGAACCAAAUCUCAGACCCUGAAAACAAACAUUUUAAAGGCCCAUCUCUUGGCAUCGAAGAGAAAAUGUUGCAGUUUUCAAGCAAAUUUUCUGCAAUUCUACACAUUUUGUCAUGGGGCAGAGAGAUUUUUUGUUGCAGUUUUAAAGCUUAAAUUACGGUGCAUUUUAUAUAUAUUUUUUAUAUUAUUUUGGGGAAUAAAAGGAAAUAUUGAUUUGAAAAGAUGUACCGUGGAUACCAAUAUCCCUGUUAGCCUUCCAAGCCCAUGUUGCCAAGGGUUAAGAACAUACAUUCUAUAUUAAUAAUAUUACAUUGUAUUGGAUUACACCCUCAAUUUAUUCCAUGGAUCACUUGGCCAAAAUGUGUUUAAUCUGUUAGUAAUAUUCAUUAAAAAAUAUAUAUUUUUUACAUUUAGUUUGAUAUAUGUUUCGAUAUCUGUCCGCGGACCCCUUGCAGUACCUCCGGACCCCAUUUUGAGAACCCCUAGUCUAGAAGACCUGUUCUAAUAGCAGGGUUCUGAGAACACCUUGAACAUUUUGCUCUAAACAGACUAACUAGUCAGGGUGUGAAGAGAAGUCGGUAGUCAAUGGUUUUGUAGCAGUGUUUGACACGACUGCAGCGUGCUUGAUUCUGCUUAGAUGAUGGGGUUAUGAGACACAGUUUACCCAGUGAGAAAGUGUUCCCCUGUGGCUUCACAGGCCAUACUGCCUUGCUCUGCUCUGUAGAGCUAGGAACAGGGGAUACGAUAGAUGGAAUAGACCAGACCUUCAACUUGCUGUCUUUUGAAAGGGGGUUGGGGAUGUGGAGUGGGACAGGAGGGGUGUAUUCUGCCACUUCUUGUGGUGAAAUAACUUUGUGUACACACACACACACAUUCAAUAAUGCAAUUUCUAUGAUGUCACCACACGCCAAUGCAACUAGCAGAGUUUUUUCCGUUGUUUCCUUCCUCCCCCUUCUCACCCCUUCCUCAUCCUCCUCCAACCUCCUCCCCUCCACACCUGCAGUGCUCCCCCUUCUCACCCCUUCCUCAUCCUCCUCCAACCUCCUCCCCUCCACACCUGCAGUGCAGAUAUGGUGUAAGUGUCCUCUCCGUUUUAGUGUACCUGUAUUCUCUAUUGAAAUCUUGAUAUUGAUGUUGCUGUAUGCAGGAAUAGACACUGGUUGGCCAACUUAUUAAGAGUCUGUGGAUCCGGGGCAAGGCUCAUUCAAAGUAGAGGCACCCUGACACUGAUCUAAGGUCAGUUUUGCAUUCCUCCCGACUAAUGGUUAAUGUUAGGAUUUGGGGAAGGUAAACUGUUCCUAGAGCGGUGUCAAAGCUCUUCUACCCAAAGUGCUGAUCAGUACUUAGCUUGGUUUGACUUUAAUAUAGCUUUAGUUUGUAAUGCAUGGACCUCCUUGGUGCCGAGAGAGUAUCUUCUCACAGCAUGGAUAGGGUUUAUAAAAACAGAAUUAUACAUAAAACUAUGUUAAAUAAUACUACAAUGUAAACCAGGGGUUUACCAGGCUUACUAUUUCCCAUGUAGUGCACCACUGACUCUGGAAAGUAGUGCACUAGGGGAGUAGGGUGUCAUUUGAGCUUUAGCCCAUAGACCACCUCAUUUGAAGCCAAUGCCUCACCUCUGCAUGUGCUUUCUCACUCAAGGUCAGGAGGUGUAUGACACAAAGAAAUCUAUCCCUUUCAGUUAUUUUGAAGGGGAAGCUACCUGAAGAAUAUACUUUUGUCUAUCUCGAGUGUUUUAUCUUUUCCAAUGUUUUUGUUUUUUUUAUACAUCAUUUUUAUGUUUUUACAAAGAAAUGUUUGUAAGAAAAGAAAUCAUGCCUUUUUAUCUUAAAUUGUCAUGCUGCAAUACGCACCAUUUGUUACAUUUUUAUUUAAUAAAAAAAAAAACAUUUGUUUCUAUUUCGAAUCUGUAGUUUGGUGGAAUACUUUUGUUAGCUGGACAUUUUUUCAUAAUGUAUUUUUCUAACAUUGCUUCCUGUUAUCACGUUAAUACAGUAUCAAUACAAAUUGAGAGAGCUGACUUUAAACAGAUGUAAAAAAUAUAUAAAUGUAUAUUGAAUUGAGUACAAUGUGCUAAGAAACUUCUGGACCAGGCAUUGUGUAUACUAACAGUAGCAACAAAAUGUUAUAUUCUUUGUUCCUAAAGCUAUUUAAUAAGAUGUUACAUAAUUAA